AGCCGCCCUGCUCCGACCAUGUCCCUGAGGAUAACGCCCACCAUCUUACACGCCAUGACCCAGCGGAGGCUCCUGCGAAUCUGCUGCCUGGUUCUGCUGGUGAUCGGCGCGAGCCGCGGCAGUGCCGUCAGCGGGAGGUGCGUGGAGGAGACGUUCUGCACGCGGAGCUUGGAGGAGUUCCAUUACAAGCUCGCGAACAUGCCGAAGAACCUCAACGAGAGGAGCAUCGCAUCCUGGGUCUACGAGCCGGACACGGACCUGGACCGGGUGCCGCAGGUGAUCCACGUGGCGCGGUGCCUGUCCAGCCACUCCUGCGGGGGGGGGGACAGCCCCUUCAGCCUGGAGACCGUCCCCGUCUCCGUCCAGAUGCCGGUGCUCCGCAAGAGCCGCGGCUGCCCCACCUACUCCCUGGAGUACGAGAGCGUUCCCAUCGCCUGCCUCUGCGCCACCCCCCGACGCUUCUGAGGCCCGUCGCCCGCGGCAACCCGCCCGGGCCCAACCCGGCGCCUCGUCCUGCGCUCGCCCCGGAAACCAUAGAAACACGACUUGCACUU